AUGGCGACAACAUCGACAAAGAAAGCAAGGAAACAAAUUUCUCAACCUAUUGGUCCUCGCAAGUCGGAUAAUUCGUCCGGGAGCACAUACAAUAUUUGGUAUAAUAAGAAAGUUGGCGAAAGGAUUCAUUCGAGGGAAAAAGUUAAGGCUAGUACACGAUGCAAUAUUUCAAAAGACAGCGGGGAAACAAAAGGUAGUUUAAGGCAAUGGGAUGGAACUUUCCUGUGUUUAAAAUUUGCCAGAGGCUGUUGCCCAUUUGGACAUGAAUGCUCAUGGAUUCAUGGUUUGCCUUCCGAUGAAUUUGAUGCAAACUUGGAGGCGACAAAAGACUGCUUUGGUAGAGAGAGGCACGAAAAUGUCCGAGAAGAUCAAAGUGGGGUUGGUUCGUUUUCAGCCGACCCGCAAACAGCGAGGACUCUUUAUGUUGGAGGGAUAUCUGUAACCCCUGAUAUCCAAUCCAUUGUAUAUGAACACUUCAGGGAGUGGGGGGAGAUUGAUAAUGUGAGGGUAUUGCAGUCAAAAGGUGUGGCAUUCAUCCGCUACAAAAAACGGUCAAGUGCAGAGUUUGCAAGAGAGGCCAUGCAGAAUCAAUCUCUAAACAGUGGCGAGAUCUUAAAUGUGAGAUGGGCAACAGACGAUCCUAAUCCAUGGGUUCAAAAGCGAAAAAUAGAGAGAAGCAAAGAGCAGCUGACUAAUGCAAUUUUAGAGGACUAUGAUGGACCACUGAUAAUUCCUCAAACGAGAGAUAUAUGGGGUCCUCAUGAGAAGCGUUUUCGAAAGAAAACUGACUCUGUGGACCCUGCAGAGGCAGUAGGUUAUUACCCAGAUACUGAUUAUCAAUAUGCUGUCUCGGAUUUUCAAUCCAGCUUACAGGUCAAUGAUAUGCUUUCUAAACCAGUGAUAAGCUACGGCACAGCAAGUGAUGCACAACCAAAAACUUUAUCUGAUCUUGUUAAGUGGUCAAAAGAUCAGGCACUUCUUGACAAAGCAACCGAACAAUCACAUUUAACAGUCAAGAAAAAUGCAAAUGAGGCCAACAAAACUGAACCAGGAAGUUUGUUUCUGAUUUCUGCCUAUGAUUCCUCAAGUUCAGAUGAUGAACAUUAA